GAAAUUGCGAGACGCAGAAUCGAAGGCUCAGGUACUAAUUUGGUUAUGUUUUAUUGCGAGAUUAAGCAGGGUUAAGUUUGUAAUACGAAUCUCCAUACAAAUUUCCAAAAUUAUCGUUGAACGGUAGCCAGCACGUUUGUAAAAUUACAAGACUUUGCGUGAUAGUUAAAAUUUUCAAAUAAUUACAAUGGAGGAGAUGCAAAAGAAACUUCAGACCGAAGCUGACACAUUAAGACAGAUUCAUAAAGAGUACAACAAAGUGUUGAAUCAAAGGCGACAGUUGGAUGGACAAUUGAACGAGAAUAUUAUGGUAAAGGAAGAGUUGGAGCUCUUAAAGGAAGAAAACGACGUAUUCAAGCUAAUAGGACCUGUGCUUGUGAAACAAGAUCUAUACGAGGCUAAACAGAACGUUGGCAAGCGUAUGGAUUAUAUUAAAGCUGAAUUGAUCCGCGUCGAUGGAUUGAUGUCUACCUUAGACAAGAAACUUGACACGCAAAAAGAUAUAAUAGACAAAUUACAACGUGCGUUCCAGCAAGCUCAAAUUAAAUCCUCGAUAAACCAACCAAAAUCAUAAUAUCAUACAAAUGUCAUUUGCGAUCUUAUCAGUUAUAUAAUUAAUAUGUAAUUAUAAGCAUUUAAAUAAUAUUGUUAUGUAUUAGCAAAGUUGCUAUAUAUCGUAUAGUAACAUCUUUCUCAUUUUAUUAAUUUGU